GGGUUUACAUUUUGGCCGAAAUUCAGCAUCCAAGAAGCAACGAAUCGGCUGUAUCUCCAUUACUGGAUACAUGGUUUUAAUGUGACAGCUAAUCUACUUCAUUUAAUAUUGGGAUUACUAUGGGUGUGCAUUCCUUCCUGGGUUUUUUAGAUUGAUUUGCAGUAUUUGUUGAGUCACUAAUGGUCCAAAUACUCAUGUUGAACCACAUCAUCUCAGCUAUCCUGCAGUAUUCAAUCCCUCCCACAUAGGGCGGUUAUGGUUUCUCCGGUAUAAUAAAGCUACAUAUUUUAUUGCGCCGUUUUAGCCAUAGCCUACUUUUGAUUAAAUACACACCGUCUAAACAUAAAAUAGCCAUAUUAUCCAUUGGGAUGUAUUAAGCUGCUAGCUAACAGGUACAUAGAGAGAAAAGUGUUUAUUUCAGUCAACAAAGGCCGCCCUGAUACGAGGUGAAAUGAGUUCAGUGCUUUCAGUGCUCCGUUGUGCGGCCGGCGGCGCUGGUUUGUGUCUUGUGUUUGUCGCUAGAUGGCAGAAGAAGUCCAGUGUUCUAGGGGAUUAACGGGCUCGUAGGCUAUCGUGCUGCAGCCUGAUUAUUUUGUAAUAUAACAUCAAGUAUAAACCAUGAGAUAUGGCAUUAAAAGGCAAAGUGGUCGACUCGAAGACCGUGCUCUUCAAUCUGCUGCUAUGCCUGGUCAUAUUUUACUCUCUUUUCUACAUGAUUGGGAGUGUGUGCUUCGGUGCCUUCAGGUUGGAUCACUUUGACGGACUGAUUCCAUUUGACUUUAAGACCGAACCUGCUGAAUCUAACUCCAAAUACUUGGUGAACCUCCUGUCCUUGGAGCUCACCUACUUUUGCAGCGGCCUUUUGUUUGCUGCAGUAGUGAGGAGACGGGUGUGGGACUACGCCCUCACCAUCACAAUUCUACAUGUAAUGAUCACCAGCCUAGUGAUGUUGGAGUUUCCCACGGUUUGGCAGUGGUGGCUGGCUUUAGGUAGCGGCUUGUUUCUGAUGAUCUGCAACGGUCAGCUGAUAGCUUACUUCACCUGCCAGAGUGACCAGAGCUACGCGUCCUUCAGCUUCUACUGACAGACAGGAAGCUGCUCGGUGUAUGAACUGUUUCAUAAACAGUCUUGGGAAGUGAGGUAGAAAGGAUCAGACCAGAUUCUCUCAAUAUGGAGACACCCGUUAGAUUCUCCACAGUGAUGGGCUUUUUGUGUUUGUCACAAAAAAAAAAAAAAAAGACUCCUCACCAUCAUAUAUAAUGUCAGAGCUGGGUCCAAUUUGUGUUUAACAGUUGCCAACAGACUGGCAUCCUAUUGUUUUUUUGUAAAUGCCACAAGAAGAUGUUCUGUAUUUUGCUUGUGAUGCACAAUGCCUCUGUUCCUAUACAGGGUUUUAAGGCACCCUGUAAAGUAAUUUCAGUAACUUUUGUAAACUGUGAAUGUAAUAGCAGAACGGGAAAGUUGCAAUACAUGUUUGUUGUAUAUUUCAAAGAGAUUAAUGUAGUAAAGUGUUAAAAAAUAAAGCUUCAGAUUGUGCA